GUCGAAGUAAACAUAAAAAGGCAAGCCCCAAAAAGUUCCUGGUGCAGACUGAGUCGUUUUUCACACGAAUACUCGAAAUAGACUACAGCGUUUUGUUGGUCAAUCCGCUCCAUUUGGAAACAUUUGAAGACACAUUGACGCUGCAAAAAUGAUAAGAGCCUCAACCAAAUUGUAUUGAUAGAGGGGUUGAAGAUAUGGGCCAUAUGAGUGCAUAGUAUGGGGAUUAAAGCCAGCAGCCUCAUGUGGUGUGAAUACAAUGGUUCAGAUGUUUUGGCUCAUCAAAACAAACAGCCUAAUUACUUCUACUGUUAUAAGGUGCCUCCUCCGAGCUACAACCACAACUGGACGGACUUGCACUAUGCAGCCAGCCAUGGCAAUGUGAGACGCAUUCAUGAGAUCAUCCACAAAAAUGGAACACUGAACAUUAACAAGAAGGACUACUAUGGUAAGACACCCCUUUACUGGGCCUCAUACAAGGGUCAUCUGGAAUGUAUGGAAGAACUUAUCAAGUUUGGGGCCUCCGUUAAUGUCAAGUGUCGCCAUGGUGGAACCCCCCUGCAUGCCGUUGUCAGCCUGUACCCAAAAUGUGCCUUACUGCUUAUCAGAAAUGGGGCAGAUGUGAAUGCUACAGACAACUGGGGUGUGACGCCGAUGUACCAGGCUGCUACGUGUGGCCAGGUCAAUGUCAUACAGUACCUUAUUGCUGCUGGAGCUAAGUUCUCAUUCAAAAAUCUGAAAACUGGAGACAUUCCCAAAGAGUUGCUACGGAAUUCCGACUUCUGUGAUAAACUUGUGGAAGAAUCGCAAAGCCCGUCGCCCCUUCAGCAGAUUUGUCGGGUAAAGAUACGCUCCUGUAUCCACAAAAACCCGAUCACUGCAGUCGAGGAGCUUCAUUUACCACAGAAAUUAACAGACUUUAUUCAGCUGAAGGAAUAUGAUUAGCAGUAAUCGAAAUUGGCACAUGUUGGAAAAUAGCCCAUUGAGCUAAUGUUUGUUGUUAGCAUAUGACUUACUUUAAAUACAGAAUCUUCUUGUAUCACAUGACUUACUUUAAAUACAGAAUCUUCUUGUAUCACAUGACUUACUUUAAAUACAGAAUCUUCUUGUAUCACAUGACUUACUUUAAAUACAGAAUCUUCUUGUAUCACAUGACUUACUUUAAAUACAGAAUCUUCUUGUAUCACAUGACUUACUUUAAAUACAGAAUCUUCUUGUAUCACAUGACUUACUUUAAAUACAGAGUCUUCUUGUAUCUUGUAUGCCAGAAUCUAGAUGGAACUUUAAGAAAAUCUGGGUUUUGUCAUACUGUUAAUGUGUUUGUAAAAGGGUUUGAAGUUUAAUCUUCUAAAAAUAUAUACUUAGGUGUGUUCAAGAUAAUCUCAAUUUUGUUUAUUACUGUCUUUAUGUUGUUAAUUGUCAUUGCUAGUUUUUGAAUUAAGUGUAAUUAUGAUUUAAUUAUUUUUCAAAGGAGUUAUGUUUAAACUCUUUAGUUUUCCCAAGAUGUGAAUACUAAGGGUUAUACAGAAUUUAUGCUUGAAAGAAGAGAAAUCUUCAAUAUAAUGUUAAGUUUUGUUUUGUUAUAUUUUGUUUGUGUUUUUAAAAGUGCUACAUUUACAAAUAUGAAGUUCAAAUAAACCAUGGGAAACUGGACAAGUGAAUCAUGGUUACAAAAUGUGUUUAUACAUGACUGUAUUGACAUAUUUUUUUUAUUAUUUCAUUAAUUUAUUCAAGAUUUUCUGUGUUCGUUAAUGCAUUAAUAUGGGUGCAAUAUAGGCUUUAAGCUAUACUAUUAAGUUAUCUGAUGUACCAGAUUUCAUUUUAUAGUGCUGUUUGUAGAAAUGUUAAGUUUUGGUACUUUCUGGCCACAUAUUAUUUUGUUAUAAAAUGAAAGGGUGUUUCUUACUGAUUACGAUAACAUAAAUAUGAAAAAAUAACAAUAUUGAUAAGUUACUGAGGUUUGUGUUUCUGCAAUCUUUCAUGGCCAAAAAACUUCAUUGACAUGAUUAUUCUCUCUACUGUAAAAACCUUUUCAAAUGUAACCAAAUUACUAUGGGGUCACCCGGCAUCCAAAAUUCAAAAGACUGCACAUAGGAUGCCGUAAUUUGUUUAGCAUACAAGGUUUAUUUAUGAUGUAUGUAGGUGUUAAGAAAUUUAGUCCUUACAUUAAACUUUAUAGGGAGAGUGAGAGUUUGAGGAGACUUUUUGAUGUAUUUUUUUCUGAAUAAUGAUUACGUUUUCAUUGUGAACAUUACCACUAUCACAUUAAAGGGACAUGACACCAGAUGAUCCAAAUAUCGACAAAAACAGUAUUUCCUCAAAAUAAACCUAGAAUUGUCAAGAGGAGCUAGCAGGAGCGCGAUAAUACAUCAUUUUACAUGAUUAAAAGAAUUAGCGCAACAAUCAUGUUGGCUGUCUCAUCUGAGUUUCCCCAUUUUAAAAUAGCACAUAAUAGUUUCCCUGUUUAAAUCAUAUCUGUUUAUGAGUACAAAUAAAUACACCAAUGCUAUUUUUAAACUUACUGGUAUUUACGUUGUAGACAGCCCAAGUAAUUUUCGGAUUGGUAAAAUGCGCAUUAACAGUGAAAGAUGCAUGUUUCGUAAGCGAUGUGAUACAUCAUCAAGUAUGAUUCAAUGCGUUGCACACACUGAUAUCAAUUUUAUGUAAAUUUUCUUUUUUUCUUGCAAUUUUAUCAUCUAGUGGUAAGUCCCUUUAAUGUACACUGAUGUCUGAAUGGAACAAAUUCAUGUCACUGCUUUUGUUUUAAAAUGUUAUUUCUAAGCUUAUAGUGGGUUGAUUUUUCAGAAGAUUGAUAAAGUUAACAGCAUGAUUAACAACAUUGUUGUUAACUUUCAAACAUGAAAUAUUUGAGGAUGUGCUCAUAUAUUUAAAUAUAACAAGGGCAACCUGAAACAGCUGUCACAAAGCUUGUUACAAAUAACACAGAUUACUUAAUCAAUGUGUCCAUUGAACUUCAAAGGCAGUAAAGAGUUGAUAGUUAACAAUGAUGAUGUUAACGAUGGUAUCUUUAACAGAAUUCUGAGACCUCGGCCCAAUAAGUGUUGUACAGUUGAAAGGGAGUGAAAGUAGUUCUACCGGGGUUAAUAUUUUAACCAUAUUUUAACAUUUGUAAUUAGUUGUUCACAAAUAUCUUCUAAAAUUGUAAAGAAGAUGUCAGGAUUUAUGAUAAUUAAGCUGGGCGCUAUAAUGGGAUAUUUAUUAGACAGGAAUCUAGAGUAACCUUACGCUACACACUGCCUGAGUGCAGGGUGUUAUGGAAUCACUACUCCAAGCCAGAUUCAAGUACUUUCACUUUAGAAAAAAUAUUUCCAAAUCUUUAUGUUGUUAUUAUUGCUAUUAUCCAUGACAUAUUCCAAUUCUUGUCAAUGCCUAGUACCCAAAGCUUACAACUUGUGUAUGUUUUCUAAAUGUGUUAUUCAAACUACUUGCACUCCCUUUCAUAAACUGUUUAUCUAAGAAUAUAUUUUGCAAGACAAUAUUGAAAAUGCAAUUCUGGUCAUUAGUCAUAGAAUAGGCAUUGAUUAUUAUGCCUUUAAAUUGAAUCAUGGUUACAUUUAUUGCUAUGUUUAUGACGGGGAAAAUAUGUGCAUUUGUGCUAUAAUUUCCAACUAAUCAUCCUUAGUAAGUUUGUUCCUUUUUUUUUCUUUUUUCAAAAAUAUAUAUUUUAUACUAGCCUCUUAUUUAAGCAUUAAAUGUAUAAUUUUAUGUGACAGCGUGGGCGAAAAUGUGUUCCAUUGUAGUAAUCCCCAGAAGUUCCUCGAGUGAUAGGUUUACAAAAAAACUUAAAAUAAUGUGUAAAAUUGAAUAAGGGAUUAUUUUUUUGCACAGUUAAAAUCACUAUGAUUGCCUGAUAAUGAUGCCAAGUACCUGGCAAAAAUUGCAAAUGUUUUGUUUUCCCCUCCAAAGGUCUCAUUAUAGCUGACGGUGUCGCAUAUAUUUAUUGAAAUUGCAAUCAUUGUUAAAUUAGUAUUUUGUUGUUUAUAGUGUUUCGUGCCAUGUUGUUGUUGUUAAGGUGCUUUAAUAUUUUGUUGUUACGGUUUAAUAUAGAAACAUUUUUUAUUUCGAAAUUGAAAAGGUUCAUCAUUAUUAAUUAAAUGAGAAAUGUACUUGAUGUCACAAUUAUUAAAGGCACUCACUCGUUUACGUUCUAUAGAGUCAGACAUGGAAAAAAUGUUUUGAAUUAAUUAUAAAAUGAAAUGUGAACAAAAUUUGUGUUUAAUGAUUACAAUCUCAGCAAUUGUCAAAUGAAUGCUCUGUUGUUAUUAAUAACUUGAAGGUGUGAUACCGGGCCAAAUCCCCUUAGUUACACUAUUGACAGUGAAUUAUUUAAGGCUCAGAUUUACAUAACAGGCCAAAUCCCCUAAGUAAUGCUGUUGACAGUGAAAUAUUCAAGGCUUGGAUUUACAUACCGGGCCAAAUCCCCUAAGUAAUGCUGUUGACAGUGAAUUAUUUAAGGCUCAGAUUUACAUAACAGGCCAAAUCCCCUAAGUAAUGCUGUUGACAGUGAAAUAUUCAAGGCUUGGAUUUACAUACCGGGCCAAAUCCCCUAAGUAAUGCUGUUGACAGUGAAAUAUUCAAGGCUUGGAUUUACAUACCGGGCCAAAUCCCCUAAGUAAUGCUGUUGACAGUGAAAUAUUCAAGGCUUGGAUUUACAUACCGGGCCAAAUCCCCUAAGUAAUGCUGUUGACAGUGAAAUAUUCAAGGCUUGGAUUUACAUACCGGGCCAAAUCCCCUAAGUAAUGCUGUUGACAGUGAAAUAUUCAAGGCUUGGAUUUACAUACCGGGCCAAAUCCCCUAAGUAAUGCUGUUGACAGUGAAAUAUUCAAGGCUUGGAUUUACAUACCGGGCCAAAUCCCCUAAGUAAUGCUGUUGACAGUGAAAUAUUCAAGGCUUGGAUUUACAUACCGGGCCAAAUCACCUUAGUUACGCUAUUUGCAGUGAAAUAUUUAAGGCUUGGAUUAACAGAACUGGCCUUAUCCCCUUCAUACAUGCCAUAUUCCCCGGCGGGGGGAAAAAUCCCCCGGAAUUAUUAUUUUUUUUAAACAUCAGGCAAUAAUGUCAAAGUGAAACCACAGUAUGUGAGUGAAACUGAAUGUAAAGAAACAACUCCGCAAGGGUGAAAUGACUGUUUAAAAAAGGUUGAUAAAUGCCAAAAGGAAACCUUAACAACGAGUGAUCAAUUAAUUUGAAGUAAUGACCAAAGGCAAAAAAAUAUUACUAUUUUGGAAAAGGAAGAAAUUAAUUUUCAUUCCAUUCUCUUUGUGUCUGAACGUCAUCAUUAUUAAGCUGAUAGUAUUUUUAAAAGACUUUGGUGGAAGUUAAAUUUAAUUUACAGUAUUACAUGACAGUGUAUCAUAAGAAUAUGAUAAAUCAUGAUAUAAAAUAAUUCUGUAUAAUGAAAAAGUUAGAGGUUUUCAUAGCAAACUAUAUGUGAAUACAAUUUUUCGUACUUGUGUCUAAAAAUACUUUGAAAUUUCGCCAACUUAAACCUGCUAAAAAAUCCCCCUGAAUACUACCAAAAUCCCCCUGAAUUUUCAGCCUUUCUGAACAAAUCCCCCUGAAUGGUCUCCAGAAAAUAUGGCAAGUAUGCCCCUUAGUUAUGCUAUUGACAGUGAAAUAUUUAAGGCUUACAUAACUCUGUCCAAAUGGGUAUUUGCCAGUUGUUGCUGUUUAGUGUUUGUUCAUAAAAGUAAAUAAAAUAACUCAAUUUCAACAAACCCUAAACAAAUGAUGCCAAAAUAAAAACAGUGAGUGUGUCCCUUUAAAGGAUUAUUUCCUGAAAGAAAAAUAUGUACAUGGAUGUCAAGUUGCUACCUUAAAACAUUAUUUAGUGUUGUUAACUGGUGAGAGACAGCAUUAUGACAGAUCACACACUGUACACCAUAAAUGGUAUGUUAUGACAUUAAUUGUUUACUAAAAUAA